GUAGCCUCCAACCACACUGGGCAACAGUUGUUUACAUGUUGCUUAUAUGUCCAUCUACAGUGAUCUUAUGCAUAUGAUCAUGAGCUUUAUUUGGUUUCAUAUCUAUACACAACAACAGCAACAACAACAACAACGCUUGUGCUCUCAUGCAUCACCAGAACGUCCUGAAGAGGACAGAAGAUUUAACAAGAAAACUAGACAGCAAAUAAACACCCAGUUCUGAACAGGAAUAAAGAACGUGUGUUGUGGCUUUUUUUUAAAUACAUUUUUUAUGCCACGUAGCCCCUCCCUUGUGGCUGAUGACAAGAAUACGAGUUGAGGGCCUGAAGGACGGAGGCACGUGCUGAGGGAAAGUGUUUUUCGACAUCUUUGUGUUCUCACAGACCAUGUGGCCAACAACGCAGAGGAAUCAGCUUUCAGUGGUCUGGCCUGGAUCCCAUGCCACCAGGCCAUGGAUAUGGUUAUUUUGCUCAGUUUUGGCAUUGGCACGGGCACAGAGCUACUACCCCACAGUGAACACACAUUAUGGGAAGCUACGCGGUAUGCGCGUUCCACUUCCCAGUGAGAUCCUGGGCCCUGUGGACCAAUACUUGGGCGUGCCUUACGCUGCACCACCUGUGGCUGAGAAGCGGUUCCUGCCCCCUGAACCACCCUCGUCAUGGUCAGGCAUUAAGAAUGCCACACACUUUGCGCCCGUAUGCCCACAAAACAUCCACAAUGCCGUGCCUGAGAUCAUGAUGCCCAUCUGGUUCACAUUUAACUUGGAUAUAGUUGCCACGUAUAUACAGGAGCAAAAUGAGGAUUGUUUGUACCUCAACAUAUAUGUGCCAACCGAAGAUGUCAAAAGAAUAUCCAAGGAAUGUGCCAGAAAACCCAACAAGAAAAUAUGUAGAAAAGGAGGAGCCCAUGCUAAAAAACAGGGUGAAGAUUUAUCAGAUAACGACGGCGAUGAAGAUGAAGACAUACGAGACACCGGUGCCAAACCUGUGAUGGUCUACAUUCAUGGAGGUUCCUACAUGGAGGGCACAGGGAACAUGAUCGACGGCAGCGUGUUGGCCAGCUACGGCAAUGUCAUUGUCAUCACACUCAACUUCCGGGUCGGCGUCUUAGGCUUCCUGAGCACGGGUGACCAGGCCGCUAAGGGUAAUUAUGGCCUCCUAGAUCAGAUCCAGGCCUUGCGCUGGAUCAGCGAGAACAUUGGCUACUUCGGUGGUGAUUCUAACCGCAUCACAGUCUUUGGAUCAGGCAUUGGUGCCUCGUGUGUGAGCCUGCUAACCCUGUCCCAUCAUUCAGAAGGUCUGUUCCAUCGUGCUAUCAUCCAGAGUGGCUCAGCGCUAUCCAGCUGGGCUGUCAACUACCAGCCUGUGAAAUAUACACGUCUACUUGCAGAGAAGGUGGGCUGUAAUGUCCUGGAUACCAUGGACAUGGUGCAUUGCCUGCGGAAGAAGAAUGCCCGUGAGCUUGUAGAGCAGGACAUCCAGCCUGCACGUUACCAUGUGGCCUUUGGGCCAGUGAUUGAUGGUGAUGUGAUCCCAGAUGACCCAGAGAUCCUCAUGGAGCAGGGCGAGUUCCUCAAUUACGACAUUAUGCUGGGUGUGAACCAGGGUGAGGGCCUGCGCUUUGUGGAAAAUGUAGUGGACUCUGAAGAUGGGGUCUCAGGCAACGACUUUGACUUCUCCGUCUCUGACUUUGUAGACAGCCUGUAUGGCUACCCAGAGGGGAAGGACACCCUGAGGGAGACUAUCAAGUUUAUGUACACAGACUGGGCUGACCGAGACAACCCAGAAACGCGCCGCAAGACUCUUGUCGCACUCUUCACUGACCAUCAGUGGGUGGAACCAUCGGUGGUAACAGCUGACCUGCACGCUCGCUAUGGCUCGCCAACCUAUUUUUAUGCCUUCUAUCAUCACUGCCAGAGUUUGAUGAAACCUGCCUGGUCAGAUGCGGCACAUGGAGACGAAGUACCAUACGUCUUCGGUAUCCCCAUGAUUGGGCCUACUGACCUGUUCCCCUGCAACUUCUCUAAGAAUGAUGUCAUGCUCAGUGCUGUGGUUAUGACCUAUUGGACUAACUUUGCCAAGACUGGAGACCCCAACAAGCCGGUGCCUCAAGACACCAAGUUCAUCCACACAAAAGCCAACCGCUUUGAGGAAGUGGCCUGGUCCAAAUACAACCCUCAGGACCAGCUGUACCUCCACAUUGGGUUGAAGCCCCGUGUUCGUGACCACUACCGUGCUACUAAGGUGGCCUUCUGGAAGCAUCUGGUGCCACACCUGUACAACCUGCAUGACAUGUUCCACUACACGUCAACUACUACACGAGUGCCACCCCUUGAGACCACGCAAAACUCACUGGCCACCAAGCGGCCUAAUGGCAAGGUCUGGUCUUUCAACACCAAACGGCCACCUAUGUCACCAGCUUACAAUAGCGAGAGCGGUACAGAACGGCGGAAUAGCGCAGAUGAUGAUACCGGGCCACUGCUUGUUGAGAAUGCACGCGACUAUUCAACAGAGUUGAGUGUCACCAUCGCUGUGGGUGCCUCUCUGCUCUUUCUCAACGUGCUUGCCUUUGCUGCACUUUACUACCGCAAGGACAAGCGACGCCAGGAGCAGCGGCCACAAGGCAGCCCACCUCGUGCAAACGCCAAUGCCAAUGUCAAUGGCACCAAUGUUGAGGAUGAGAUUGCAUCACUGCAAGUGAAUCAGUGUGAUGCCACACCAGCUGGAGAGGCAUUGCCGCUCACCGCGCUUCCUGACUACGCGCUGACUCUGCGCCGCUCACCUGAUGAUAUCCCUCUCAUGACACCCAACACCAUUACCAUGAUCCCCAACUCGCUGGUGCCCAUGCCCAACCUGCACCCUUAUAACACCUUCACAGCCGGCUUUGGCACAGCUGGUCUGGCCCACUCACACUCCACCACCCGUGUAUAGCUUUAAGGAGGGUGCAGAAGAGUAUUGGGUUUUGUACGAAUAUCACAGUUAUGGAAGAGAAAAAAAGCCGAAAGAUUUUGAAUACACAUUUUGUCACAGGCAGUUGCUUUCUGAAUGUUGAUUCAAUUUGGUUGUGAACUAUGUCAUGUUCCCUUCCAAUGGGAUGAGCAAUUCGAGCAGUAUUUUUUUCUAAUAAUCAUUUUAAAAAUGGGGGGUACAACAACAUUUUUAAGAAGACUGGGCAGUUAUUGGCAACACUUUUUUUGAAUAAUUAACAAAAAUGAAGAAAAAAGUGCUUUUUUAUUUCCCAUUUCCUUCUUGUGUGGGAAACACAUUUCAAAACAGUGACCUCUCAGAUGACAUCUGCAUAAUAUGUGUUGCUUUUUUCUCAUCAAUGCCUUACACGAAUGCUUGAUUUUUAGUUUCGUCCUUUUUAACUUUCAGUGACGUGCGUGCCUGGAACUUAUUUGGCCUGAACGAUUGGAUUCUUGAAAAAUAAGAGUGACGUAUUGAAAAUGUGUAGAGAAUUGAAGCAAUCCAGACCAGCUUUUUCAGUUGCAUAUACUCAUACAUGCUUUUGCCU